UGUAAGGGCCUCACCAUGAACCUGUACAAAGCAGCUUUCCUCCUGGGAGCCUUGAUCUGCACUGUUGGUGGUACCGACGUGGACGGCUACUCCAAAACUGAAGGGGCAUCGAUCACCUCACUUCAUAAAAGACAGUAUUCAGUCAACACUGUGACUGACUGUGCAACCAAAUGUAACACUGAAACAGCCUUCACAUGCAAAUCUUUCAUAUACAUUGAAAAGGAUCAAGAUUGUUGGACAGGAGGCUCAAACUCUAAAACAGAGCUCAUUCUGCGUAGAAACAGCACAGCUUUAUAUGAAAAAAAUGAGUUUCUUCUGGAGUGUGUAAAUGGAAUAGGAACAGAUUACAGAGGAAAAAAGACCAAAACAAAAUCAGGCAAGGUGUGUCAGAGAUGGGAAGCAAGAUAUCCACACAGGCCCAACAUCACACCACAGACUCAUCCUCAAGCAGACCUGGAGUCUAACUUCUGCAGAAACCCUGAUGGGGACAGCGGGGGACCUUGGUGUUACACCACAGACUCCAACACCCGCUGGGAGCACUGCAAUGUUUCCAACUGCACUGACUGUAUGCACUGUAGCGGAGAGGACUACAGAGGAAAAAUCUCCACCACUGAGAACGGCUUCACCUGCCAACGCUGGGACUCUCAGAAACCUCACAACCACGGCUACAAUCCCAGCGCUCUUCCAGAACAGUAUCUUGAGGAGAACUACUGCAGAAACCCAGACGGAGAUCCCCGCCCGUGGUGCUUCACCACCAACCCGUCCAAACGAUGGGACUUCUGUUCCAUACCCCGCUGCACAUCUCCAGCUCCCACCAUCACCCCAGAGCUAACUUGUGCCAGCGGUGAAGGUGCAGCGUAUCGAGGCAUGAUUAAUGUAACUGAGAGUGGCAAAACAUGCCAGAGCUGGUCGUCGCAGACGCCACAUAAACACAACCGCACCCCAGAAAACUAUCUCUGCAAGGGCCUAGAAAAUAACUACUGCCGUAACCCUGACAACGAGAGGAAGCCUUGGUGCUACACCACUGACUCAGACACUCGCUGGGAGUACUGCAAGGUUCAGCAAUGUGAAGAUGCACCAGGACCAGACGAGCCAGUGAUCCCCCCAGAUGAGGACGACUGUUAUGUUGGAAAUGGGUCCAGCUAUCGGGGCAUCACAUCGGAGACCAUCAGUGGAAAGAAAUGUCAAGCCUGGAGCUCCAUGUCUCCUCAUAACCACAACAAAACUCCCAAACUCUUCCCCACAGCAGACCUCAGGAGGAAUCUGUGCAGGAACCCUGAUGGAGACAGAGCUCCCUGGUGUUACACUACAGACCCCAGAAUCCGCUGGGAAUAUUGCAACUUGGAGAAGUGUGCAUCAGUAGCACCACGCACCACUCCUCAACCAGCCAAACCUACUCAGACCCCAGCGGAGGGAGAUUGUAAAGUUGGAAAUGGAGUAACAUACCGAGGUCCAACUUCAAGCACAGUACUGGGUGUGACCUGCCAGGCGUGGAGUGCUCAGAGCCCUCACCAACACAACAGCUUCACCCCGCAGACUCACCCCACCAAGGGUCUGGAGGGCAAUAGCUGCAGAAACCCAGACAAUGAUGUGAACGGACCGUGGUGCUUCACUACAGACAGUAACAAGAAAUGGGACUACUGCCAUAUCCCCGACUGUGCUGGACAGAACUGUGGGUCUCCAGUCAUUAAACCGAAGCGCUGCUUUGCUCGUAUUCCUGGCCCCUGUGUGUCUAAACCUCACUCGUGGCCUUGGCAGAUCAGCCUUCGGACCAAUACAGGAAUCCAUUUCUGUGGAGGCACUUUGAUUCACCCUCAGUGGGUUGUCACUGCUGCACAUUGCCUGGAGAGGUCCAAGCGGCCUUCAGCCUAUAAGGUCUUCCUGGGUGUCCACACAGAGAGAGCCAAUGAGCUGUCAAAACAAGAGAGGAACCUGGAGAAACUGGUGCUGGGACCCAACAGAACUGACAUCGCUCUGCUCAAACUAGAGAGACCGGCACUAAUAAAUGAUAAAGUGCUGCCAGCUUGUUUGCCAGAUGAGGACUACAUUGUCCCCAGUUGGACUGAGUGCUACGUUACUGGAUGGGGGGAGACUCAAGGAACGGGAGGUGAAGGCAUCCUGAAGGAAAUUGCUUUCCCUGUGUUUGAGAACAAGAUCUGCAAUCGUCCCUCCUACCUGAACGGCAGAGUCAAGGAUCACGAGAUGUGUGCAGGAAAUAUCGAGGGAGGAGUCGACACCUGCCAGGUAUGGAAAACUCAAAAGGCUAUAGUGUUAGUGCUUUGCUGUUCACUAUAGUGUUUUGUUGCUCUGUUUUAGUUAUCUGUCAUGUUUGAAUAAUUUUCUCAAAUUUGUGAGAAAGAAAUCUGUAAUUGACACUAAUUAUAGCAAAUGGUGACAGGAAUUUAAAUGAAUUGCUGCGUAACAGUGUAUCGGUCAAUAAACAGCUUGGCAGCUGUGUGGAACUCACUGUUCAAAUUUUGUUCCAAUUAUAAACUACAGACUGGUAAAAUAAUCAUACCAAAUUUUCUAAAUCAAAUUCUUUGGAUACACUCCAUGAGAGAAUUACAUUUUUAAUGCUUUUUAACAUUCAAUCUUGAAGUGUGUGAAGAUUAUUAGACAUUCAGGUCGUUUAUCAGGUGGACGGUACAGUGGAAAUAUAGUAUAAUUGUGAAAAAAAAUAGUUUCUUAGAAUUUCAUAAAAAAAUGUCAUUCUACAAUAUGUUGUCACUGUUUUGGCAAACAAAAAAUGAUCAAAACAGUAUGCUUGAAGGUGGCAUUGUUAUCACUUAACUCUUUUUGCUAUAUUUUAACUUUUAACGUAUAUUAUAGGGCUGCACAGUGGAGUAGUGGUUAGCACUUUUGCCUUGCAGCAAGAAGAUCCCCGGUUCAAAUAGCGGCUUGGCCUGGGAUCUUUCUGCAUGGAGUUUGCAUGUUCUCCCUGUGCAUGCGUGGGUUUUCUCCUGGUACUCCGGCUUCCUCCCACAGUCCAAAAACAUGCUGAGGUUAAUUGGUUACUCUAAAAUUG